GAUCUCACAGUGAGUAAAUGGGACGGGCGUAUACGCGAGAGUUUCUAUAAACGUCAACUUAGCAAUGAUGAAGGCUUGCAAAUCAGUUGCUUUCGAAAAGACGAGCUUAUUGCUGCAAAAUAUCCUCAUUAUUGUGCGGUGGAAUCUACGGUCCGUGCUCCGGAUACCCCAAUGGGAGCCGCCAUUUGUUUACGGAUACGGACGUGCUUGACAAGCCUCUCAGCUACAAAAGUCAGAGUUCAUAUCACCUUUGACAUUGAGAGUAGCCAAUCCAGUCCAAUCAAAUGUAUGUUCUUGUUCUGCUUCCAAUGUGUCGAGUAAAAGUGCUAAUUCAAAUACAUUUGCUUUCAUUAGCAUUGAUCGAAAGUGAUAUCUUUACGAGCCAAAAACAAUUUCACGGACGAUUGAAUCGGAUGUUGAGGUCCAAGGCCACGCGUAAACGUAUCCAGAAAAUGAUGGGCGACACAAAGAAAUUUGCAGCACAGGAACACGAACUUGAGGACGAUAAGACGCAAUUCAAAAAGAUGGUCUUAAACGUGCAGAAAGUGGUAGAUUGCGUAGUCGCGUCAAGUAUCUCUGUCAUCAGCUCAAUUUUCCACGUUUUAUUUUCGCUCGACGCACCGCAAAUGAUGGCCCUGUGCUUGUGCAUUGCUUUGUUGACCAAUAUAUUGAUGGCGUAUCGGCUGUCCAGCAUAUCCGGUCAGCUUGACAAGAUAGGGUCUCCAUCUUCCGAUCCGAGAUCUUCCUCAGCACCAUGGUAUGCGCAGCCGUCGUCGCCAGCUUCAUCGUAUCGUGAAAGGGAUAAUGACUACAAGAAACAUGGCGUAUAUCAGUUGGAGCAGAGUAUAGAUACCAUUCAUCGAGCCAUGUUUCAGCUUCAAAAUGAAGUGCGCGACCAAACUGACAGGCUGCAUCGGUUAGGACGUUUGUAAAUUAGGAAAUAAUCCUGUGAAUCAUGGGUUGUGUAUAUAUGAAUAAUAAACCUAUUCUUGGCUGAUUUUCAAUCUCUCCA